CGGGGGAGUGUUGUCAAACUGUAAUCUAUCCCCACUUACAUUUUGUACUUUGCUAACCCCAUAGUGUGUUAGUGUAGUAAGUGAACUAGAGAGGAUUCACGUCAAAAUGGUGUUGCUUACCAUGAUUGCACGACUGGCAGACGGCCUACCCCUAGCCGCGUCAAUGCAGGAGGACGAACAGGGAAGUGAGAAGAUGGGUCGAGAUCUACAACAGUACCAGAGCCAGGCCAAACAGUUGUUCCGGAAACUCAAUGAACAGAGUCCAACCCGCUGUACUCUGGAAGCAGGGUCCAUGGCUUUCCAUUACGUCAUAGAAAAGGGAGUGUGCUACCUGGUGCUGUGUGAAGCAGGGUUUCCAAAAAAGCUUGCCUUUGCCUAUUUAGAAGAUCUCCAAGCCGAAUUUCACGAACAGCACGGAAAGAAGGUCCCCACCGUUUCUCGUCCUUACUCCUUCAUCGAGUUUGAUACAUACAUCCAGAAAACGAAGAAGUCGUACAUUGACAGCCGCGCUCGCCGAAACCUGGGCAGCAUUAACACUGAGCUUCAGGAUGUGCAGAGGAUCAUGGUAGCCAAUAUAGAGGAGGUUCUUCAGAGAGGAGAAGCCUUAUCAGCUUUGGAUUCAAAGGCCAGCAACCUGUCCAGUUUAUCAAAGAAGUACAGGAGUGAUGCAAAGUAUCUAAACACUCGUUCUACUUAUGCCAAGCUAGCAGCCGGCGGUGUUUUCUUCAUAAUGCUCAUCGUCUACGUACGCUUUUGGUGGCUCUGAGGGGGAAGAAUGAAAUUGGGGAAACGGGCUUUUAGAGGACCUGACUGAAGGAAAACAAACAAACAGACGAAAACAAAAUACCAUCACCUUACAAGAGACAACAACAAGCUCAUAUCCUAUACAGUAUGAAAGCCCUUUCCUGAAAGACUGUUGAAGUACCACAUUACCCCAUUUCUUUCCCGUUAACCAAUAGAUUUGUAAUGUAAUUAUUGAUGUUAACAGUUUUAUUAGGGAUACAGCAGUAAGUUUGUGCUUGCUUGAAGUGAGCUGUGUGCGUGAGUGUGGAGGCGUGUGCAUGUGUGCGCGUGUAUGCGCUGUGUGAAUUGGAGAGGAAGACAGAAAAAAAAAAAAAAAAGAUAUUUCCUCUGUAUGUCUGUAUGAAAAACUCGUCCAAUGAAAUCUUUCCCCAUGUCUGUGUCAUCUUGUAUACUGUACAAAUGAAAAUUUCAGCAAUCUGUUGCAGAGGAUAUUCCAGAUUGAAUUUCAGCCCUGUUUUUGAUGACUUUGUCUGGUGCAGAUUAUUUCAUUACCGUGAUCUAAAACGCCAGUCAACUUUUUUUCUUUUUUUUUUUAAUCUCAGUGCGCUAUGUUGACUAACUGUCGUAUUGUACUCAUUAGCACAUCUACACAUUUUAAUUGAGGAGCUUGCAGCUGUUUAAGUUUAAGUCUUGAUAAAUUUACUCCAUGCAUAAAAUACAAAAUCUCAAUCAAAGGCUUAUAUGGUAACCAGUUUUCCAUGAUACCUGAAGAGACAUCUAUCAGCAUAUGUUACCUCUGGUGAAAAUAAACAGAUUGACACUCA